AAUGAGUGAAUCAUCCAACUUUUUUGUAGGAAAAUACAAUUUCUCAAGAAGAGUCAUAAAUCAUAGAGUCCCUAUAGAUUUUAAUCAUGGAAUCACUUAAAACCCAUUUGAUUUUAUCUGGAGAUCUUCAUUCAGAAAUCUACUUGUAUCUAAGUAUUAAUCUAAAACAUUUACUUUUUAGUUUGAUUCGAAAUAUGUCAAUGUGGUAUUGUGGUGCAGCAUUUGUUAUUGGAAUUGCAAUUAAUGAAUUCUAAAAUUACAGAAGAUAAGGACAUGCAUUUACAACUCCAAAGUAUUAUCAUUACUUAUUAGAACCCAACCCUAUUUAAAUUAUGUCACUAAUAGCAGAAACAAAGACGCUAAUUUAGGUAGAUGGAAUGGUAAUUUUGCUUGUUGGGAAAAUGAACCAUUAUGUGGUAGAGAUUUUGAAUGAA